GACAGCUGAUCCAAUCCAGCACUAACCCUUUUCCAGCCUUUCGGUGGGCGGAGCCAGAGAGCCAAACAGAUCAUGUGAUGAGCGCAGCCACCAUGUGGCUACACAGAGCGACCGCAGUGUUUGGUCUGGUUGGAAGCAGAGGAGUACUGAGAAGUAUGUGUGCUCAGGUGGGAGAUUGGCAGAGUGCCAAGUCCAUCUAUGAGUUUUCUGCCAAGGACAUAGACGGGAAUGAGGUGUCUCUCGAGAACUACAGAGGGUAUGUGUGCAUAAUCGUAAAUGUGGCCUCUAAAUGAGGAAAGACCAGGGUAAACUACACUCAGCUUGCGGGAAUGCACGCCUCCUAUGCUGAGAAAGGUUUACGUAUCCUGGGAUUCCCAUGCAACCAGUUUGGAGGACAGGAACCAGGGACAGAAGCGGAGAUUAAAGAGUUUGCCAAAGGUUACAAUGCUGAGUUUGAUCUCUUCAGUAAGAUUGAGGUGAAUGGAGACAACGCUCACCCUCUGUGGAAGUGGAUGAAGGCUCAGCCCAAAGGAAAGGGAACCCUGGGAAAUAACAUCAAAUGGAACUUCACAAAGUUCCUUAUAAACAAAGAAGGACAAGUGGUGAAGAGAUAUGGCCCAACAGAUGAUCCAAGUGUGGUGGAGAAGGACCUGCCCACAUACCUGUAAUGGUACCAUCUCCUAUGUGUUUGACUCCUGACCUCUCCCAUGGACUUCAGGGUUGUGUCUGUGUGCCUGGACCAGUGACGGUCUGCUUGUAAACCCAACACUGGGCGGGGCAAGGCCUGAUGACCCUUAGCGUGCAACUUAUCUCCAGUGCCCACUGACGCCAAACCUUGUAUGCCCAUAUGAGGGAACAUUCACUAGUUAAUCAAAGUAGAAGCACUUCACAGCAUACUUCAUAGUCCAAACAGCCAUUCCUUUUUCUUUAUUACAUCUACUCAGUUCUGAAUGUUACUUCGUUCAUGUGCCAGUGUCAGUUUUCUGUGAGGACAUAGAAUGCAAUAAAUUUCAGAUUUCUGCACAGCUACUGAUUAUUUUUGCACUUGACUUGUCAAUGUUAUACCUGAAAAUCAUGGCUUAUGUGUUUAAAUUGGAAAAUAAAUAUCUUGAAUAUUGUGUUGUA